AUGGCAGAGCCUAAAGCUGCGUACUAUAUUGAGGUCACCUUAAAGGAGGGCUUUGAUUUUGGCAAAUACGAUCUCAUUCAAGCAAAGAUGUGCAUGAACAACAAGGAAGUUUCUUAUGGUGAAUUUAAGCCACCUCUCUAUGGACUUGAUAAUACAAGAAUCGAAAAAGACCUUGUCGAAACAAUUCGGUAUGCAAAUGUAGAGAUUAAUGGACGACCGCGAGGCUCAAAAUUUGUGUUUGCGAAUCUGGAGAUGAAGACAGAUAAAUCCCAAUCCAAAAAGACUGGAGCUGUGGAUACACUUCCACAAAGAAUUCCUGCUUUCCAAGUUGACAUUAUCUUUUUCGAGAGCUUCAUAGGCACAUUAUCUGACGAUGAGUACCAAGAAGCGAUAACAAGCUGGGAAAGGGAUUGCGCUAGGCUUCGUUCUGAGUCUCAGAACUCCACUGCGUCUCGAAACCUUACGUUACCUAAAAAGCCAGAUCGCAUUAGGAAAGAUUGGCGAUGUACUCAUUGCAUCAAGGGCUUUAAUUUCUUUCCACAAUCCCCUGAUUUUUUUGAAGAUAAUAAUAUCGCCAAAUACCCAGCAUUACCACAUCUUGGUGAUUGGAACGCCCUCAAGAAAGAAGAAAGAAAGAAUGCAAUUGAGCAACUUCAAGAUUUGGAAAAAGCUCAUUGGAAGGCCAUCAAGGGAAACGAAGUCGGGCAAAACUUUGGAUCUAAAGUCAACCGACGUAAAACCCUUCUCACAAAGAAUCUUCCUCGAGAAUGGCGUGCGUGGCAUAAAAUGUAUGGUGCCGAGCAGCGUGAAACAUUCGAAAUUCUUCAGGAACGACGGAAAGCCCGUGAACGAGGCGAAAAACACUUUCAGUACAUAUCUAUGGGUGGCGAUAUCAUGUCAUUUUGUGGAGAAGAUGACUCUGCUGAAUCAGUAACGGUACCAGAGAAAGCUUCGCCCAGUCAGAUACCUAUCGGACGAGAAGCACCAGCACCCGCGAACUCACCAUCCGGCGCAAAUAGACUAGAGUCAGUAAGCGCUCUGCCAUACGGUAUGAGAGCAGAUCCUUCUAUUGAUAUUGGAUCUUACCCGCUACCGUAUACAAUGAUAGACAGGGUAGAAAGCAUGGGAGUAGCAGCUCCGUCAGUUGCGAGACCAAUUCCGGCAAUGGAGUCACCAAUAGUCAUUCUAAAUGAGUCCGUUACAGAGUCUACUCACUCCUACAUCACCACAUCACACAGAAAGGAGACAGUGAUUCCGGGAGUCGAAGUCAAGCUCGAAAGCAUUCGAGAUAGCUUGAUCAACCAGAUUGAUGGACUGAAUUCUCAGGUAGCUAUUUCUCAAGCUUCCGCCACACGCGUCAAGAGAGAACCAAUCGAUAUCAUAUCACUUGAUUCCGACGAGGAAGCUAUUUUUGUUUCCGAGACCAAGGUUCCCAAAACCUUAAGACACUUUGAGCCCGCGCGAGCUAAAAAACCAGUUGCUGUCAAUGCGGAUGAAGAUUUGCAGGAACUGAAAGAGUUACAAAAGUUGAGGGAGGAGAAAGAAAAUCUUCAGAGAGAUAUUGAGUUGUUGGAGAAGAAACGAAAGAUGGAUGAAAUCACAAAAAUGAUAGAGGAGGCUGAGGCGAGGGCCAAGAGGAUUAAGACGGAGUAG